UACUCAUUAUCUGGGCACCCCAUUCAUUUUCGAGAUCGUAAUCACAGCGUGUCUACUCUCUAAGUCGAGUUACCCACAAUUUUAUUCGGCAACACCGUACCUCUCUUCAAUAUGGAAGUCACUGUUGACGAUGCCUGGUAUAUGCCGGUGCCGCCCGCACAGCCAAGAGAAGAUAUUGCAUGGUCAUUCACCCCACCGCCAACAGAGAAAACACUGACAACCACGAAGAGUAUUGUACCGUCGCUUCCUUACGACGCCCUCAAAAUAUCACAAUUAAAAAUGCUGUGUCGUGAACGUUUCAUACCGGUCACUGGAAGAAAAGCGGAAUUGAUAGGACAUUUAGAGCUAUUGGAUCUGAGCGAUGAUGAUCUGAAAGUCGAACUUGACAAGCAUGGCCUGUUUAUUGGUGGUUCCAAGCCCGGUAUGGUCAGAAGACUAGUUCAAGCAAAAAGAAAAGAAAAACGACGCAGCUUGUCUAUUAGUAUUUCACCACAUAAUUGCCAUAAUUAUAUUCCAAGACAACUCAUUAAUCCAUGGGACGUUGAAGUGCCCAUGGAAUGCGGUGGAUGUGGAAAGCACGUACCCAACAGUGAUAAGUUAUCUCAUCUUGACGGUUGCUGGUUCACUAGUGAUGGUUCACCGGAUGUGCAUUUAUUUCAUGCCAAAAGCCCAAAUUGGGCUGGAAAGUUUGAGAUAUACAUUUCAGUACCAUUACAUGGAUCAUUCAAAGAUAUCGACAUGUCACUUCGUUUCACCUGGAUGCAAUGCUGCCUAAGUACGCAUAGUCGUAACAUGGAACUCUACACACAUAGUAAUUUUCAAAAGGACCCCGCUAUCAUCAUUAAAUCGACAAAGGAUGCACUCGAGUGUACACCUGGUUCCACUGAGAGACCCUUAGAGACUGAAUUACAUGGCUAUCUACAAGAUGACGAUACUAUAAUGUACGACUAUGGUUCCACUGAUGAUGAAAACGGAACGCCAGUUACUGUCGAACAUUUAGGUAAAAGACGUCUGAGACCACCCCAUACCAUAUAUGGACUGUUGAGCAGCAGGCACGUGAUCAUGAGAAAUAAUAUGCCGGUGAUCCCAUGUAUGAGGUGCUCUAUGAAGUCAUCGUUUGUUGUGGGUAUUGGAUGUGGCCAGCGAUUCUUCUGUUCUCGUUUGUGUUGUGAAUUUAUCGGUCAUCGCGCCGAGGAGCUGAAACCAUUUCUCAACUCACCUAGAUCGGGUAGCUGUGACUACCAUGGUUUUGAUUUCUCCUAAUUUCUGAAUCAGUCUUCUGCAGAUUUCCCUACCUACCAGUGUCCCCAGC